CCCCCAAGUCCCGCACCCGCUCCCGGACCUUCUGGAACCUUCCUCGCAUGGCCCCGCCCCCCUCCAUGGCCGCCGCCUCCGAUCGCGCCGUCCCCGGCGCCGACGCGACCGAGGCGUCCUCCCUCCGCCUCCGCCGCGCCCCCUCAGCCGACGCCGGCGACCUUGCCGACGAUUCCUCAGGAGACCGGCGGGAGAACGGCGAGCCGCAACCGCCGCAGGAGCAGCAGCAGCAGCACGAGAUGCUGUACUACCGCGCGUCGGCGCCCGCCCACCGCCGCGUCAAGGAGAGCCCCCUCAGCUCCGACGCCAUCUUCCGGCAGAGCCAUGCUGGUCUUCUGAAUCUAUGCAUCGUUGUUCUGAUUGCAGUGAACAGCAGACUCAUUAUUGAGAAUUUAAUGAAGUAUGGCCUAUUGAUAAGAGCUGGAUUUUGGUUUAGUGCAAGAUCGCUGGGUGACUGGCCCCUUCUAAUGUGCUGCCUCACUUUACCAGUUUUCCCACUUGUUGCCCUCAUGGCUGAGAAGCUGAUUAGAAGAAAGCUCAUUGGUGAACAUGUGGUUAUUCUACUCCAUAUCAUUAUUACAACAUCUGUCAUUGUCUAUCCAGUUGUUGUGACUCUUAAGUGCGACUCAGCAGUGCUAUCUGGAUUCUUGCUAAUGUUUCUUGCGAGCAUCAUGUGGAUGAAGCUUGUCUCUUAUGCACAUACAAAUUAUGAUAUAAGGGCAUUGUCCAAAAGUACUGAAAAGGGUGCUGCAUAUGGAAAUUAUGUCGAUCCUGAGAGUAUGAAAGAUCCAACCUUUAAAAGUCUAGUGUACUUCAUGUUGGCCCCAACACUUUGUUACCAGCCAACUUAUCCCCGAACUACAUGUAUUAGGAAGGGUUGGGUGACCCGACAACUUAUAAAGUGCCUGGUUUUUACAGGCUUGAUGGGCUUCAUAAUUGAGCAAUAUAUAAACCCAAUUGUGAAGAAUUCCAAACAUCCACUGAAAGGGAAUUUCUUGAAUGCUAUAGAAAGAGUCUUAAAACUCUCAGUGCCAACAUUAUAUGUAUGGCUUUGCAUGUUCUAUUGCUUUUUUCAUUUAUGGCUGAACAUUCUAGCUGAACUCCUCUGUUUCGGUGACCGUGAAUUCUACAAGGACUGGUGGAAUGCCAAAACUGUUGAAGAGUACUGGAGGAUGUGGAACAUGCCUGUUCAUAAAUGGAUCAUCAGACACAUAUAUUUUCCAUGUAUAAGGAAAGGCUUUUCCAGGGGUGUAGCUAUUCUAGUCUCGUUUCUGGUUUCAGCUGUAUUUCAUGAGAUAUGUAUUGCGGUGCCGUGCCACAUUUUCAAAUUCUGGGCAUUUUCUGGGAUCAUGUUUCAGAUACCGUUGGUAUUCUUGACAAGAUAUCUCCAGGCUACGUUCAAGAAUAUAAUGGUGGGCAACAUGAUAUUUUGGUUCUUCUUCAGUAUAGUCGGGCAGCCGAUGUGUGUCCUUUUAUACUACCAUGAUGUCAUGAACAGGCAGGCCCAGGCAAGUAGAUAAUUCGGCAGAAACAUGUACUUUAAGACAAGUUAUCAGAAGCAGACUGGAGCGACGCAGCAGGAAGCAGCAGCAGCAGCAGGCCAGCAGCCCCCCUUUGCCAUUGUUACCAGCUAGCUAGUCAGCUUGCAAAUGCUCCCAUUCCAGGCGACCGUGCUGGGGAUGCAGCGUGUACAUUACCAGCGAUGCAACGUCAACGGUUAUCAAGCAGUGCUCAUGACAUAUGGACUUUGUACACUUUUCAGUCUAUAUGUCAGCAGUGCUGUGUGCAUAAUGUCGUGCUAGAUGUAGUAUGUACAAUGUACGGCACGACUUGAGGUCAAAAUGAGCUGCCAAAUGAAAGAAGGCUCACGUCUUUGGGAUACAGGGAGAGCGACUUCCAUAGAACAGACAUCAAAACCUGAUGAACUUGUUCUGAGCCCUGAUACAUGGCUUCAGGUAACUUCUUGUGAUCCUGUGACGUCGUGUACAAACAUUGCUGGAAGGAAUAAUGAACCGGCAUCCCUUUUAGAUUUGUGUAUUUUCUUUCUGAGAAAUUUGGGUGUCUUGGCCAAACUUGGAUACCUGUUCGCUUGUUUAUGGCUUGUUCGCUUGUCUAUGUAUGAACAGUAUUGAUUUAUUGUGAGAAAAAAUCUAUAUAAUCCAUCAAA